AUGGAGCGCCUCAUCACCGAAGGCCCGCGCUGGAUCGCCAACGACAUGACGCAGUGGAAAGCCCACCGCGGCAUGCGCGUCUUUGUUGGCGAGUGGAGCUUGGCCCACGGCGACUUGGUGCGCAACGACCUUCGCAACCCCAACAACAUGCGCCGGUACUCGACCAACGCGCUCAAGGCGCUCCACGAAGCCAACGCGGGCUGGACGUACUGGAGCUGGAAGACGCACGCGACCGACUGGCGCGGCGACGGGUGGAGUCUCCAAAACCUCUUGCGCGCCGGCGUCAUGGACCUCAAGGCCCUGCACGCGCCGCAAACCGUGUUUGGCAAUGCCACCAACGCGACAGCCACGAUAAUUUUCUAA